CUCUUAUGGUAAAUAGACUCGGACGCACAAUACAAUAUGUUAGAUAACGCGUACUAUUUCCUAUAGAUAAUUGGAAUUUUCAAUAGCAAUGGAAAAACAUAUAAGAUAUAACUCUUUGAGCAAAGAAUGGUUAUGAUUUUUAAUAGAGUUGUGUAUGGUUAACUAUCAUCUCUUAGUAUGUGCAUUUGCCUUCUACUUCACACUGUAAUAUAUACUCAGUCGUUUCAAUUGAUUAGCUGCAUAUAUUGGCAGGCUGACAAGCUAUUCGAAUUUGGAAAUACAUGCUCGUUAUUAUUUAGAAAGUUUGUCAACAUCCACUUUCUUAAUUAGUAUUGGAGAGUUUGUCAAAUUUCUUUCCUGGUAGGAAUUGUGUUAAAUUUUCUCGCCCAUAGAACGAAAAUUGAGAGAAUUUUCGAAUGAACCUGCAUCAUGAGAACACCAGUGUAUUGUUAUCACCGAGUCGUGUUACUAUCAUACCCCUAAAGGCACUAUCAGGAGGAAUUAAAAUCACUUCAUGCUUAAAAGCCGCGCAGCCACAUUAUUCAGUUUCCUAUUGGGGUUCGAUAAUCGAGCGCCAAAAAUCACGGAGUUUUGCAAUUCAUGUUUUUUUUCCAUUAGUUUGUAAUAGACGUAUUAUUUGGCAAAAGAAUUCAAUUUAAUGUCCAGGGAUAAGCCAGCGCCUCAUGGGUGCUUACACAUAUAUGGGACGCGUGUAAGACAGUUAUCGAGGAAAUUAGCGUAAUUUAUUACUCCGUUAAAUGGUAAGCGUUUGGAGUGUAUUCAGUGAAUAUUAGGUAUCAAAUUUAAGCAAUCUCACUGGAUUGACAAAAGUGAUUAUGUAUUAACUCUCCAGCUAUGCGUCCAUGCAUAACAAUUAUUACCCGUCCUCCUAUAUAAACCGGGCUUGCGCCUCUCGAUUGAAAACACCAUAGAAAACUUUGUGCCCUUUUACUGUUUGGCAAUGGAGGCGUUCCUAUCAUUGAAGAGGAGGCCUGAAAGCAGAAAAGGGCAUUGGUCGUGCGAUGAAGAUAAGCUCCUAGUUGAACUUGUCAUACGUCACGGUCCAAGGAAUUGGAGCACAAUCGGAAAGAAAAUGAAGGGAAGAAGAGGGUCGAGCUGUAGGGCGAGAUGGAUGAACCAUCUGAAUCCACAGGUUGUGAAAACACCGUUUAGCGAAGAAGAGAAGGAGAGGAUUCUCCAGCUUUACAAAGACCACGGGAGCAAGUGGUCUUCUUUUGUAGAGUUUUUCCGUGGCAGAACUGAUUGUCAACUGAAGAAUCUGUACCACUCAUUGGCGGCAACUAGAAAAAAAGCCAAAGAACCGCAGAUCCCUUACUGGGCGGCUCCUCCCAACAUGGGAGGAUCUAUGGAUUUUUCCGGCGGAUCGGGUGGUCUCACUAAUGUUUCGCAAUUUGCUGAUGUGGCGUGGUGGGGGAAAAAGACCGAUUUGCCCUUAUUCAAUGGUGGUGGGGGUGGUUCCUCUUCCAUCUAUGCAGGGGGUUCGACUUUGUUUGGGGCCCACCGUCCCAAUCCAGGUGGCUUUUAUCCAUUUGAGAACACUAACAUUGGAAAUGGCUAUUACGCCAAUCUGGGAAAAAACAAUGGAGAUCCUAUGAUGUCUCGUGCUAGAUCUGCUGCGCCUCAGGCGAAGGAAGGAGCAAGAAUGAAAAACUAUCAAUUCAUCGACUUUUUGGGGGUCGGAAAAUUUCAGAAUAAUUAGCAGCUUUUACUAUCUCUGGGAAUAUUGUUUUAUCGUUAUUGGUCUUUUCUUCUUUUUCUUUUUCUUUUUCUGUUUUUUUUUUGGGGUUUAUUGGUCGUUUGAUUUAUUUUGUUUUGUCAGUGAACGAGUUUUAGCGUCAAGUGUCUGUGUCGUGUGACUUUGAGCACACAUUGUUGUU